CCGCUCCGCACCGGCGGCCGCCCCGGAGCCGCUACCCUCACCAUGAACAGGGGCUUCUCAAAGAAGAGUCACACAUUCCUGCCUAAAAUAUUUAGAAAAAUGUCUACUCAAUCAGCGAAAGAAAGACCCGAAAGCUUGCAGUUCCCUUUCCUUGACGAUGAAGAUACCAUCUCCACAGUCAAAGAAUCUAAAACCUUUUUCAUUUUAAGAGGCCUGCCAGGCAGUGGGAAGUCCACUCUCGCCCAGGCUAUUCAAGAUAGGUAUAAAGAUGCCUGCAAGGUCGUCUCCGUUGAUAGCUAUAAAAUUACACCUUCAAUAAGAAGCACCAUUCCUGAAGAGUAUUCAAAGGUGGAUGAGGAUCUAGUUGACUAUUGCAAACGAGACAUCAGCGUUAUCGUUUUGGAUGACACUCACCAUGAGAGGGAACGACUGGACCAACUCUUUGAUAUUGCUGACAAAUACCGGUACAAAGUCAUCUUUGCCGAGCCCAAAACCCAGUGGCGAAUGGAUUGCUUGCAGCUGAAGGAAAAGAAUCAAUGGAAACUGUCAGUGGAAGAGCUGAAGAAGAUGAAGCCGAGCUUGGAGAAGGAAUUCUUACCCAUGUAUUUUGGGUGGUUUUUGAGCAAAAGAAGCUCAGAGAUCCUGAGGAAGGCUGGCCAGGCCUUCUUAGAUGAGCUUGGAAGUCUCAAGGCCUUCAAAAAGGAGAGUAAAUACUUUGCUUCCGCUAUCGAAGAUCCCAAAAUAAAAAUAGAUCUCACCAGCUACUUUGUGAAGAGGCCGCCCGGGGUCUUACACUGCACCACAAAAUACACCGAGUUUGGAAAAGCAGCUGGAGCUGAGGAAUACACGCAGCAAGAAGCUGUGAAGGCUUCCUACGGCAAAGGCUUCACCUUGUCCAUUUCUGCUCUGUUCAUCACAACAAAAACUGUUGGCGCUCGCGUAGAGCUGAGCGAACAGCAACUGCUGCUGUGGCCUGGAGACGCCGAUAAGAUCCUGCCCACCGACAGCCUCCCGAAAGGCAGCCGGGCUCACAUCACCCUCGGCUGCGCCAACGGCAUCGAAGCGAUGCAGACUGGGCUCGAUCUGCUGGAGUUUGUGAAACUGGAAAAGGCAGGGAACAAAGGGGAUGAAGUGGGGGAAAUUGGAGGAGGGAAACUGCUGUAUUUUGAUAAUGGUAUGUGGAUGCUCAUCCUUUCUAAAAAGAUGGAUGUGAAGGCAAUAUUCUCAGGUUACUAUGGAAAAGGAAAACUUGUGCCAACGCAGAGCACCAACAAACGGGGCUCUGCUUUUAGUUCCUGCACCAUCAUCUAGGAGCAUGGGCAGGGUAGCUUGUUGGUUUGUUUUUAAAAGGCACGUAACUCCUGUAACCUUUAAAAGUGUAAAGAGAAAUAAUUCUACCUUUACUAAAGUAAGCCCUUUUGCCAACCCCAGUGUGAAGCCUCUCUGCGGAGAGAGUUUAUUGGCCUCGGAACGAGGAAGAAAACAAGCAGCUCCUGACUGACAAAGGCAAACCGUCACAACUGAUGUCAAUAGCCGAAGUGCUGCUGAGUGUGUUUUAAUGCAAGAGUUUUGGAGAGAACCAGCCGUGGUGUUCUGCUUGUUUUCUUCCUCAGAGGAAGACCAGCUAUGGUCUUUUAUAACUUCCCUAUGAACCACAAUCGUUAGGUCUCUACAUGUCAGUCCUAUAAGCGGUGGCAGACCAAAGCCUGUACGUAACCGGUCUGAAGCCAAGUGAACUGUGUAAUGUCUCUCCCCUUCUCCCACACCCGAGGGACUGACAUCAGUCGUUCUGGUCGCUGAAUUACUGGGUAAAAACCAGUGAGCCCCAGUUGUGGAUCCCUUCUGUCAAGCGUGGCAGUUACUAACAGUUUAGCCCGUCAGAGGAGGCCUGGCGGAAGGCAGCAGGGCAUCCAACGGCCUUGAGCAGAGGUCGGCCCUGCAGCCCGCCAGCUGCGCUCUGCCCCUGCUCAUGGUCGCUGUUGGCACGUGAACGCUUCCUUCCUUGCAGGGAAGAGCCACGCUGGCGAGCGGAGAGAGGGGAAGCGCACGGCCAGGUGAUCUCUUAAAGACGGCUGUCGCGGGCUUAAAGGGAAACAAGUGAAAUAGCGGGAGAGGCAUUCAGUUCCUGUAGCAUGGCUCCAGCCGUUUCACUUCACGUGUCAGAGUGGGCUGGACCGAGCACUGCCCAGCGUCCUCGUCCUGUAGGGAACAAUCCUGCCUUGGCAGGGGGUGGAAGAGAUGAACUCAUGUCUUUUCCAUCUUAUUUUAUAGAAACUAAAAUCAUGUCUGAAGUAUAGACCUGUACUUCAUGCAGGAUUUUACUACUUUUCUCUAAUGCACUUGAAUGUUAAAAGUUAGGAUGGCAGUAACAUUGUAAUUUAGGAAGUAAGUGGAGGUAUCAUAACUGUGUAACUUAAGUCUGCUCAAACCUAAACCUGGGAAAAAGUUAAUGAUCAAGCACUUCUGUUAUUAAGUCUGUUUUAUUGAAACUUGUGUUUUUGCUCUUAGCCAGGCUGCCUGCCAGUUGCUCAGUGGAUCUGUGGCCACUGCUUUACUGUAACACAAAGCUCAACUAAUGACUCGCGUCAGGACAAGUUUAAACUCACGCUAUGGCUCAGUGUUUGGGGAACUGCAUUGUGAAAUUAAUCCCGUAUUAACAUAUGUAAAUACUUACGGUGUUUGGCAAGCGUGUGCUGGGCUCCUGUCUGUAAAGGAGCUGCGGCGUGGGCACAGCUGACCCGGAGCUGGGCGCACACUGAAACCCCUGCUUGGGAAGCCCAACGCUGCCCGCGGAAGAAGCCUUUCUCCUCCGAAUGUUUAAAACAAAAGCAAGGAGUGCUUUGGGGCUAGCCUGGUACGCUCUGCAGGUUUGCCAGUAAAGCAAAAUACUUCCUGCUGUUUCAAAAGACAGAAGAUAAUAAAUUCUCAUUAUAACAUCAAAUUAUAUAUGCACGCCCCUGUAGCACCUGUAAUCCUCCCUUACCUUCAACAGAGGAACCCUACUGGCUUCUGUGCCGGCAGAGGGGCGAGUGCCCGAUACUCAGCUCGGGCCUUUCCCACCGGGAAUCUCUCGCGGGUUUGUUCCACCAAAACUUUACAAGCGUAUUUCCCAGCGCCCGCCCAGGACGGCUCCCGUGGGAGCGCAGGAGCACGCUGACCCCCUCUCCCUCCGGCGCCCCGGGAACAACCCAGUGCUCCAGGUCACGUCCAGCACUGAACUGCGCAGCUGGAGCAUCUUGUUUAUUUGCCUGUUCAAGAACAACAGUGAGACUGUCGUCAUUUAAGUUUUUAUUAGUUUGUACAUCAUAUACAGUUUAUAAUAAAGUAAACCAAUUGCA